AUGCCUCCGCGUCACCGAAGCAGCUCCGGCUACCGCGGCGUCCACGUCCACCCUUCCGACACGUUCUACGUCGAGAUCCGCUCCGAUGGCGUGCGUCUCAGUCUCGGGACGUUCGAGACCGCGCACAAGGCCGUCCGCGCGUACGACGCGGCGGCGUGGCGCCUUUCGAGGCAAUGCUCGCAGAUGAAUUUCGACGACGACGCACAGACGUGCGAGCAGGCGCAGGAACUUGCGCCUCCGCCGCAGCUAGUAACCGACGGCAACCGUCAGGAACCCCAUAGGCAGCAGCGCCGCGUCCUCAUCGCCGAGGCGGACGAGCAAGCCAUGGCGGAGUGGCGCCAGCGCUACCCGCAGGACGUCGCCGACGAGAAAGGCUUCACAUGUCAGCUUGAUCGGCAGGCAUGGCCGGCCAUAUGA